AUGGAAGAAGGGGACAGUAAAGAGACGGACAGAGAAAGGGAAGGGGGCAGUAGCACAGGGGUACGGGGAGAGGAAGAGAGAGAAGAGGACAAUUGCUGCGCCGCUGCAACUCCUGUACUCAAUUGUAUCCAUAUUUAUAUGCAUCGUAAAGCGCUGACUUGGUUAGAGGAGGAUGGCGCAGCGGUAGCGUGCCAGAUUUUUGUGCCACCGGUUUUGGUUCCAAUCUGGCAAUUUUGUAAUUUAGCUGUAAGCAUGGAGCAUAUGCGGAGACAUCCUUCAACGGCCAGAAGGUUCUCGGAAAGUAGCGAAAAUGAUGACAGACUCUUAUCAGAGGAAAAUAUAACAGAAGUAGGUUCACAGAAAAACAGCGGUGUUUUUUGGUUAUUGACCGAGGGACCAAUACCUGUUCCGUCGUUCCACUUUGACGACAAGAUACUGCUACCAUUUUAUCACUGA